AUGCAUGACCGCACAAUCCAAGUACUGAACAUCAUAGCCCAAGAAACCGGAGAUACACCAGAAGAGCUCCGAAACAACCCAGAAACGGAGUUUGCAGAUUUGGGCAUUGACAAGUUGCUGUCGGAAGCCAUCAUCCGCCAGCUACAUAAGACCAUGUGGCUGAACAUGCCAUCUGACCUCUUUGAGAAUUGCCCGACCGUGGGCUCGUUGGCCUGUUUCCUCGAGGAAAGUGAGCCCAAACCAAUCCUCAACACCGUCCCCGUGUACACGCGAGCUGCUUCGCCCAGCACUGAGCGUCAGGCCGCGUUGAACCAAGCCGUUGUCGACCAACCUCUCUCUAUCCGCCUUCAAGGAAACCCCAAAGGACAGGCCAAGACCAUCUUUCUUUUGCCCGACGGCUCCGGUUCUGCCAUGUCUUACGCGCGCAUUCCAUUCCUAGGUCCCGGCGUGUGCCUGUACGGCCUCAACAGCCCUUUCCUCUCCAAGCCCGAAAGGUUUCCUCCAAUACCAGAAAUUGCCCCGAUAUGGGCGGCAGAGAUUCGUCGCCUUCAACCAAAGGGACCGUACAUCCUCGGCGGCUGGUCCGCCGGGGGAUACUACUGCUUCGAAGUCGCCAAGCACAUGAUGCUCAACGAGACAGAAGCCGACGGCCGCCCAGUUGUAGUCGAGAAGCUGGUUCUCAUCGACAGCCCGUGUCGCACCGUAUUCGAAGCUCUCCCCAUGAUCGUCGUCACGACUCUCUCCAAUCAGGGCCUUAUGGGAAACUGGGGCCAUCGAGGAGCUCCGCAGUGGCUACUGGACCAUUUCGCCGCCACCAUCGCGCGUGUCGAGGAGUACAACCCCUCACCUCUCGCCUCCGCAUCGGCAGAUGAGGUGCUGCCAAAGGUGUUCAUAAUCUGGGCCACGAAUGGCGUCUACGCUGCCGGAGGAAGUGCUGCGUCUGGUCUGGAUACCAAGGUCAAGGUCACCAAGUUCAUGUUGGAGGACAGGCUUGAUUUCGGGCCCAAUGGCUGGGAUGUAUUGUUUCCGAGAGGCACCGAGGUCGCCAUCGCGACUUCUCCCGGAACACAUUUCACACUGGUUUCCCCUCCAAAUUCCGUCCAUAUAGCGUCCCGGCUUAGUGACAUUCUACACGACAAGACCGCGCAUGAUAAUAGGUUAUGGAAACAUUGGUCUUGUUGA